GCAUCUGCAUUAGCCGGAUUUCGGGGACCAAUAAGAUCAUUCGUCUCCCCAGUUUACGUGACUCGCAACGCAGAAAUCAUGGCUGCUGAACGUUUGAUCAACCCCUACGAUAACCUCAAGCAAACGUUGAACCUGGGUGAUGGCAAGUAUGAAUUCUACAGCCUGCCGGCGCUCGGAGAUGCACGCUACGAUAAGCUUCCGUAUUCGAUCAGGAUUCUUCUCGAAUCUGCUGUCAGAAACUGUGACAAUUUUCAGGUAACAGAAGCAAACGUUCAGAGCCUGUUAAACUGGAGCACAACUCAACAUGAAAGUGUGGAAGUCCCGUUCAAGCCUGCCCGAGUUAUCCUUCAGGAUUUCACCGGCGUGCCCGCGGUGGUCGACUUUGCAGCGAUGCGCGACGCCGUCAAACGUCUGGGAGGCGACCCUCAGAAGAUCAACCCGAUCUCUCCCGCUGACCUUGUCAUCGAUCACUCGGUGCAGGUGGACGUUGCUAGGAGUUUAUAUCGGAAUCUGCCGAACCCGGGCGGGGGUGGUGGUGGGCCGCGGACUCUCCCUAGCGGUGUCGGGACCGGCCGGACUCCACACGGUGUGCGAAGUCACCCGUACCGCAGCCAGCACGGCGCUGGCCAAAUCGUCCGUUCUCAAUCUCAAACAACCGCACAAAAACCUGUUUGCCAAAUUUGCAUAAACUCUGGGUUUCCGCAGACAUCCGACGUGUGCCCGUUUCAUGGCCUCAAGUCCGGAUGUGCGGAUGCGCUUGAGAAGAAUCAAGAGCUAGAGUUUGAGCGAAACCAGGAGAGAUUUCUAUUCCUAAAGUGGGGUGCCAAGGCUCUAAAGAACAUGCUCAUCGUUCCGCCGGGCUCCGGCAUCGUUCACCAGGUCAACCUCGAGUACCUGGCGCGCGUCGUCUUCAACGUCGACGGCCUCCUCUAUCCGGACAGCCUCGUCGGAACCGACUCACACACUACCAUGAUCAACGGCCUGGGCGUGGUCGGAUGGGGUGUUGGAGGCAUAGAGGCAGAGGCUGUGAUGCUUGGGCAAUCCAUCUCCAUGGUUGUGCCCAAAGUUGUAGGCUACAAGCUGGUUGGCAAGCUAGGUCGCCUGACAACCUCAACUGAUGCUGUGCUCACAAUUACCAAGCAUCUGCGUUCGAUCGGCGUCGUGGGGAAAUUCGUCGAGUUCUUCGGGCCGGGCGUGGUGCAGCUCUCCAUCGCCGACCGCGCGACCAUCUCCAACAUGUGUCCUGAGUACGGCGCCACCGUAGCUUUCUUCCCUGUCGACGAGGAGAGCAUUGUCUACCUGCAGCAGACAGGUCGUGACGACGCCAAGCUGUUAUUUAUUGAGGCGUAUCUGAGAGCCAACCGUCUAUUCAGGAACUACAACAACCCUGAAGAAGAUCCCACCUUCUCUGAGGUUGUAGAGUUGGAUCUGAGCACGGUGGCUCCAUGCUGUAGUGGGCCUAAGCGACCGCACGAUCGCGUACUAGUGUCUGACAUGAAGCAGGAUUUCCAGGCCUGUCUGCCCGCGAAGGUCAGUUUCAAGGGCUUCGGCAUUGCGGAGGAGCAGCUCGCUCGGACGGUGCCGUUUGUCAUCGACCAGCAGGAGUACACGCUGAAGCACGGCUCCGUCGUGAUCGCCGCCAUCACCAGCUGCACGAACACGAGCAACCCCAGCGUGAUGCUAGGUGCAGGUCUACUGGCUAAGAAAGCGAUUGAGCGGGGUCUUUCCGUGCCACCUUACAUCAAAACUAGUCUUUCUCCUGGCAGUGGAGUAGUCACUUGUUACUUACAGUCUAGCAAUGUAAUACAAUACCUGGAGAAGUUGGGAUUCGACGUUGUUGGCUAUGGUUGCAUGACCUGCAUCGGAAACAGCGGCCCCUUACCGGACCCUGUCGCCGAGGCCAUCGAAAAGGGCGACCUGGUGGCAUGUGGAGUCCUCUCUGGCAAUCGUAACUUUGAGGGUCGCAUCCAUCCACAGACGAGGGCCAACUAUCUGGCGUCGCCGCUGCUGGUGAUCGCGUACGCUCUCACUGGCACCGUCUGCAUUGACUUUGAGAAGGAGCCCCUCGGUGUGGACCAGGACGGUAAGGAAGUGUUCCUGUGGGACAUCUGGCCGACCAGGCAGGAGAUCCAGGUCGUGGAGCGCGAGGCAGUCGUGCCGGCCAUGUUCAAGGACGUCUACGCAAAGAUAACCGAGGGCAACACGCGCUGGAACUCUCUGGACGCACCAGAAGCUGAGCUCUACCCGUGGGACCCUAAGUCCACUUACAUCAAAUCUCCCCCAUUCUUCGAGACGAUGACGAAGGAGCUGCCGACGAUGGAGGGCAUCAGUGAUGCGUACGUUCUGCUGAAUCUUGGAGACUCAGUCACGACCGACCACAUCAGUCCUGCUGGAAGCAUCGCGCGUAACAGCCCCGCCGCUCGCUACCUCGCAGCGAGGGGCUUGACGCCGAGGGAGUUUAACUCGUACGGCUCUCGGCGUGGCAACGAUGCCGUCAUGGCUCGCGGCACCUUCGCCAACAUCCGCCUCGUUAACAAGUUCAUGAGCAAGGCCGGACCACGCACGAUCCAUGUUCCCAGCGGAGACGAGAUGGAUAUCUAUGACGCAGCAGAGCGCUACCUGCGUGACGGCAAGAAGGUGAUCAUUCUCGCUGGCAAGGAAUAUGGCGCGGGUUCGUCGCGGGACUGGGCAGCCAAGGGACCCUUCCUGCUGGGAGUGAAGGCGGUCAUUGCCGAGAGCUACGAACGCAUCCACCGCAGCAACCUGGUCGGCAUGGGCAUCGUGCCGCUGCAGUAUCGCGACGGCGAUACUGCCGACACACUCGCGCUGACGGGCAAGGAAACCUACACCAUCGACAUUCCCGACGACCUCCGCCCCGGACAGCUACUCAACGUCAAGCUUUCGGACGGACGUAGCUUCGAGGCUGUCAGCCGCUUCGACACGGACGUGGAACUCGCUUACUUCCGCAACGGUGGAAUACUCAACUACAUGAUACGCCACAUGCUGUAGAUGCAUCGCCAUCAGUGGCCGGUCGCAGACGAGAUGCAGAUGUCGUGUUACCCGUUCUGUCUGCAACUGACCUGUCACCUCCACGUUACCUAGGUGCAAGCACGCGACCUUGGUCCGUACCUGCAACCGUGGUGCAUGCCCAUGGCCUCGAUGUGUAGCGAUGAGUGUGGGUGGUGCGACAUCUCUACUCGUCUGCGACUGGCAGACGAAGCUGGGCUGGUGGGCAGGCGCUUGCUUGCAUGUCGCGACGAUCUUAAUCUAAUGAAUGUUUACUCGGUGUCCUAAUCGCAGGUAGAGCCGUAGCAGUGUAUGAUAUAUAGUGUGGCGCUUCUAAUGUUGAGCGCGUGCGUAGGCGUGUGUCCCCAUUGCUCGCUGCUUCCGUACUUACAUCGUCGCAACAUGUAACUUUGCCAUGUGUGUAGUUGUUACGUAGAUGACAGCACAUAUAUGCAUGUGGCUGCCCCCUGAUGUUGCAUUUAGAGAUGUUUUGAAAGACGUGUAACGUUUUUGGUGUAAGCUUCGUGAAUGACCUCCGUUUAUUACAUCCUGCCGAGAUCGUGGCUGUGUUCGAACAUCGUAGGGUCGCAUUUUAUUUUAAUGUCGGCGAAGUUUGAAACAUAACGUGUUUUGUGUGAAUAGCAAGCUUCCGCAGCUUUCAAUAGCGAAUUUUAGUGUGCCACAGCUUUCCCACAGUAGGGCGCUUAUAUCCGAUUUUAUGUCAUGAAUCUAAGCAGAAUUAAUCUUUUUUUAUCAGUCCAAAACUAUCUGUUCAGACAUGCAAUCAAUUUCUCCCAGCGUCGUAAAAAACGUGUUUUUUGCUGAGUAUUGCAUUUUCCCUGCUUGGCCGUUUGGGCUAUAUCUAUAAUUUGGGUUUUCCACUGACACCCUUAAUUCUACCCGUGCCAGCCAUGUUAGCGGCAGCAGCGGCGGCGGCAGCAGCAGCGUGGCUGCUCUAUCUGCACUCUGACAUCGCACUGCUGUCCGGAGGUCGUUCGUUUGCUCGCCUCAUGGUUAGAUGGCGCCACCUCCCAAGCUGCGGUGAUGGGCAGACGACUCGCCGGCCUCGAGGGAUCUGACCCCUCGACCGGCGUCGGUUGAGAUACGUCUGUCCGGGUGUCUCGGUAGAAGGUUUCCGCACGCAUUAUGAGGUGUAAUCAGCGGAGGACGGAGCAACGGUUGCUUGGGCGGCGGCGCAUGCAUCCUGUAGGUACGCGCGUGCACGCGACUCGCACGUGCGCGCAACUUAGAAUGUGUGGUCUAGAGUUUAAACUUGGUAGUCGACUCUGUCUCGUCGCUAAUCUGUAUAUUGUGCUCCCGAUAGGACUCGUCUGUGGUUUGAUUUGUGGGGUGCGUGCGUGCGUGGUGUGAAGUCUCUUUCUCCCUGAGAGGAGAGCCAGUAUGCACGAAAAUAAUUCUUCUCUAAAGCUCACAAGCGGGCGUUGCUGUCAACUGUUUUGGCGAGGUGUAUGUAUUCUGCUCGUUCAUCAAAAUCUCGUGGGUUAUGUAUGACAUGCGAUCCCACGAAGGUGGCAGUGCCAGGGUGUGGUGCGUGAACCAGGGUGACGGACCUAACCUAUUAGGAUAGGAUUCGAGGGCAAACGUUUUCGCAGUUCGCUGGUGUGUAGCAAUGGUGUUGCCGGAGCUUGUGAAUAUGUGGUGCAAGACUAUGGGCUGAGGGUUUAACUGAUAAGACGCCUCUCAGAUAGAUAUUUAAUCGUGUACUAGGUAAGUGUGCGAAUUGUAGCUGAUCACCAUUAUAAUUGCUAUUAUAUAUGGUCUAGGUCAGGCUGAUAUUGUUGACGGUAAUGUUGGUGAUGUUUUUGCUGUUAUUGUUGUUGUUGUUGUUUAGACAACAGGUAAAUGAUUAAAAAUUAGGUAAAAUAGAGUAAAUUAAUGAGAAUAAAUAAAUCAUGAGGCAAAUUAAGUCA